CUGCCCCUUCCGUCCCCCGUCCCCCGUCCCCCGUCCCCCUCAGGGCUCCGCCGGCGUGUUGUGACCCCAGCAUCUGCAGUGGUUUGUGUCCGCGAACGGGACGAUUGCUCCCGGCCGCACCGCUCCUUCCCUCUUCGGGCCGGAGAGCAAUGGGAGCCGGCCGUGGUCUGUGAUCAGCUCCCGCCACUGCCUUGAACUCCGGGAAAGGCGCUCAGAAUCACCCUGUCCGGGCAGCGGGGUCUACACGGCCGCCUCCGACUCACUGAUCCACGGCGGACUGUUUGCCCGCAAUGGAAACUCUGGAAGAAUUUGACCAAGAGUAUCCUCUGAGUAAGAUGUUUUGUAAGCGCCUGAGUAAAGAAGAAUUUGAGAUUGAAGGACUGACUUACACAGAAAAGGCACUGGAGGACUUGUUCCACGCCAUGGAUCAGAACCCAUCGCUGUGUGAGAAGGUGGUGCGCAAACGCAAACAAGCGGAACUGGAGAAGGCUGGAUUGAAAUCUUUUAUUAAGGCUAAGUUCUUUUCAGCAAUAGAUGGUGGGAUGAAUCGCUGUAAUGCUGUUAAAAUGGACGAGUUGCGAGGCAGGCUACAGUGUUUGAAGGAUGAGAUGAUGAAAGUGCAGACUUAUGCAUGUGAGGCAAAAGGACAAAGAACUUCCAAGCGACUUGCUGAAAAAAGGCUGAAGGAACAGAGUGAGAGUCCUACAAGGGCCAGUUCCUCUCUUACAUCUGCUGUUCCUCCACCACCACCUCCACCUCCUCCUCCUCCACCACCACCGCCUCCAUCUUCCAGCAAACUGCCUCUUAAAACCCCUCUGAAAGACAAGUCCAACCUCUGCACAAAAGAACAAAUGGUCUUGGCAACCCCCGAUCUGCUGGAGAGUUAUGGACUGGCCAGACUGAAUCGACGUUCAAAAAGUAUUGGCGAUCUGAGAGACCCUGAAAGUCUGCACAGUCUUCAUCCUGUCAAGAGCAUUCACUCUGAGCUACUGGCUGCAAACCAUUUUAAGAGGCUUCGUUCAACAGGGGUUGACAGAUCUCCAGGUGGGACUCCAUCCAAAACCCCCAAGGUCAAGGCAGAACAAGGGGAAAUGAACUCUCCUGCAUCUUCUUUCAACAUGACUUUAUUAAAUAAAUUUCGAAAUACCAAGAGCCCUGAUGAGAGCACUCCACAAUCUCCAACCCCCAGUGACACUGACAGUGACAGCUCUGGAUUUGCCACCCCUCCAGGGAGCCCAUGAUGGGGACAUCAUCCUCUGACCAAAGAAUCCUGCUGAAUCAGUGGAAUCAUGUUUUGUCUGAUCUUUGCAUUAAGCAGGUGUGAGUACACAUCAUGGAACCAAUUAUUACUGCAGAAGUCCAAAAAGUAAGGGAAAAAUCCUUAUUUUUAGUACAAUAUAAUCUACAGGUAAUACAGCAACAUCUGUACUUAACAAAAGACAAUGGUUUCAUAUCUCAGCGAGCAUUGCUAGAUUUCAGAACCGUCUUAUUACUUUACAGUGUUUUAUCUAGUUCCAAUAUAUUUGUCUACAAUGCUUGAUAUUUACUAGAUUUGUUUUUUGAGAAUCAGGCAGCCACGUGAAGAAAUGGAUUGCAUCUGGAAACAUCCCGAUUUAAGUUUUCGACUGUUUAUUGUAGAUAUAAUCAUCUGGAGGUACAGAAUAUGAGAGAGAAUUUGGAUUUUGAAAAUAACAAAACUGGAAAUGUCCUGAACAAAUCUGUGAAAAAUCACUCCCUGCAUAUCUCAAAUUACAUGGUUUCCAAACAAAUGUAAAAGCAAUGAUCUUCACAUUUUGCUAUGCAGGGAUACAGCUUGUAUUUGAAGCACUUUUCCUGCAUCAGUUGAAGUAUGAGAAAUACUGUGAUGCCCUUUAGCGAUGAAUGUAAUGUAGGAAGUGGGUCAAAUGUACCUGUUUGCUAUGCACUCAUUUUGAAGUGCUUGUACCCAAUUCCCACUUCAAUCCCAUACAUUGAGAAAUUGGACCAGAUACAAUUCCUGUUACAAUUCUUCCUGUGCUGGUAUCAUAUCACAGCAAUAUUUCACACAAAUUGUGGUGCCACCUGAUGUGGCUCAUUUUAAUUAGAAACGUUUGUACUUGGUGACAGAAAUUAGAUCAGUAAGUGACAAAUUAUGAUCUUUGCAUCAACCCAUGAUUAAAAACAAGGACUUCCUUUUGAAUGUAAAGUAUAAAGUAUCCCUACUGGCAGAUGGCAAAGAUUGAGGUUUCUGUGAGCUGGGAAAUAUAGUUUGUAGAUCUGUUGGUUUGUGGCCCGGAUCCUAAUGCUAAUUGCUGCAUAGUUGUGAUUUGUGCACGUCCCCGAUAUGUACAAGUCGACUUUUAAUGAUCUAAAAAGGGGGGGGGGGAAAACUGUGUCCCAAUUUUGAAAAUUAUUUUGGUGAUUAACAUUUGUAAAAGUGACAGGUUCAUUUGGUUUGCUGAUGAGAUGUAAUUAUAAAAGAAAAGGUGGCAGUCUCUCUGAAGCAGGUCUUCAGUUUAGAAAGCCUUGUGCUUCACAAAAACCAUUGCAAAUUUGAAGGAGAACAGAACAUUUUUGUUAUGUCAGCCCUGAUUUUAUUCUCUUAACAUCAUGGUCAGUAACAAAGGAUUUACUGGAGUUACAGUAAUAAUUAAAGUUUGUUACAAUGAAACUUUGAUUUGGGUUGAUGGGGAAAUUAUCGAAGGUUUUGAAUGAAAUACAUAGGCAAAUGUAUGUAGGUUUUCAGUAGGGUUUUGGUAAACUGUCAGUUCAGAUUUGUGGUCAUUACUCUUUCUGGAGUACAUGUUGAACACAGAAAAGAUAAGGAUACGAUGGAGACAUUAAAGCUCAAUGGGGAUGUUAGAAAGUACAGUAUUUAGAAAAUUAAUACAACAUAGAAACCAAAGCACAAAUGGCUAUUGAUGCAAAGAAAAUUAUUUAAGAGAAUAACAUACCUGGAUACUUGAAAUGAAAAAUAUGGAAAUCUCAGGGGAUUAAAGUAUUUUGCUGUUGGAAUUAAGAAAGCACAACAGUAACUGGGAAAAGGUUUUUCAGAAGAGAUGUUAGAAUGAGCCCAUGCUCCCCCUCCAUCUACCUGUCAAGAUGUGCAUGAAAGAUUCCCAUGGUGGUUUUAAAGGUUCUGCAGCUGCCUUUAACAAUUUUAAUCAUCAUCACCAAAAUUAAAUCUACUGAUCACUUAUCCCAUCUGUCAUCUGUGAAUCUUUUCCACAGCUACAGGUCCUUCCUCAGUUUAGGACAGGAUUUCAUUCCUGUGAAUAUUACACCAGUCAGAAAUGUGGCCUCAAACUGAAUUCCCAGGCAGCAGAAAGUGCCUGCAGCCCCAUAGCAGCUGACAAAUCUGUCCCACCAGUCUCCCCAGUGCUAAUUCACGUAUAUCGGUUGUACACGUUAGGUGUUUGUAAGCUUGUCAAGGCCUCUAAGUAACAGUUAAGUGCUGACUAAGUACAAGACAAAUUCUACGGUUAUAAGAUUAUUAUUUUUAUUCAAUUUUUGAAAAGUGGAAUUGGAUCAUUUUAAUUCUGUAAAAGCUUCAAUCAAUUGUCUGUUAUGAGAUGUAUGAAUUUCUGCAUCAAGACAAAUGUAGGUGCUUUCCAUAACAAGACAUUUGCUCAAUACUGUAUAUGGGUCAGUUUGCUGGGUAGCAUCAGGGCAAUUUUUGAAGAAGUUUUUUUUGUUUACUUGUGUUGACUACAUAAUGUUGAGAAUUAAAGUUUCUAUUUUGUUAUUCUUUCAGCAGUGCAUUGCCUUGAUCCUUGCUGGGUUUAGUACCCAGUUUAGUGUGUAGUGAAAGGGGCAAAAUUAUACAUUUAUAGUUUUUAUUUUAUAUUGUUUAAGCAGGUGGAUUAGGAAUCAAUUUGGUGACUGAAAUUGCUUUUUUCAUUAAUGUUAUUUUGAUAUUAAAAUUUGUUAAAUUUUUAAAGCCAAUUUAUUUCUUUAACUUGAUAAUAGUUAGAAGAAGCAUUUCAAUUGCAGAGACAAACAAGACUGGUGUGUAGUUUUUCCUCUUCCUCGUACCUAAGCAUUUAUCAAAGCAUUUUGAACAUGCUGCAAGAACAACCUUUAAUUUUAAUCUUUUGGAUUUUGGGUUUGAUAGGUUGUAUAUGAACUCUGCAAACAACCACAUGAAAUGUCUCUGUUCUGCUAGCUGGUAAUGUUGUACAAGUACCGUGAUUCAAAUGAAAUCUCUCCUAAUGUAUAUUUUCAGGCAAUUUAGAAUUUUGCUUUAUCUAACUUUCUCAGAAUAAAUAAUUUUAUAUUCUAAUAUUUUAUGUGAAUGUUUACUAUGUAAUUAUAAUUAAACCGUACACAUUAAAUGGCUUUUAAUGGACUUGCCCCAUGGACCAUAAUGAUGAUGUGAUGAUGUCGACUCAGGCCUGAGAGGCCAACAUCGGGCGUUUUCAUGCCUUACAAGGCACGGAUCGGAAGCUGUGUGGGGCGCCUCUCCUCACACAGACAUUUCGCAGUAUUUUUCUUUAUCUUACGAGGCCAAGUUGCCAGCUCAACACUCAACCCGGCACGGAUGGAAAGCAUACUCGGGAGUGGCCCAACUGGACUUGAACCCGGGAACCUCCGUUCCAGAGUCCAGCGCUGAUGUCGAUCCGACCAUAACCACUUAGGAUACUUCAGGACAAUGUUAACAUUAAUGUCAAAACCCAAUGUUCUCAAAUGUGUGACCAUAGGUUCGUAUAAAACAAAGAGGGAGGCCCAUGUCAUGCCCCGAUCUAAAUGUUUUAUUCAUGGCAUUGUUUCCUGAAAAAAAUAUUAAAUAAUCCUAUUGGGGGAAUGAAAGACUUGAGAUGAUUUUUUUUUCUAUGGUUUUUCUUUGGCACCUAAACAAACAUGAAAGAUUUACAUUCUCAGCUGACUGUUUGCUUUUAUUUAGAUUUAAGACCCUCAUUUCAGGUUAAACUAAACUAUUUUCAAUCUUUAUGUAAAGUUCUACCAUAUUGUUAUCAUUCUUUCCCAAAACCUGCCUUAACACUUGUUUUCUCAUUGCAUGUUGCUAGGACUAAAAUAGUCCAUACCUCACUGAAUCCUCAAAAUAUUGAUCUGGGUAACUAUCUGUUAACAUUCCUGAUUGCAGCUCAGACUAUUAUUGAUAACUUGGUUUAUGUAAUCUACAGGUAGAUGAAAGUCCCUAUUGGUUACUGCAUUAUCCUUGCUACAAGAGUCUCCAAUUUCCUAAUUUAUAUCAUCCCCUACAUUACUACUACAUCAGAACCUACAGCAAGCUCCCUCCAAUGUUCGCUCAAACAACAGGAAUUCUGCAGAUGCUGGAAAUUCAAGCAACCCACAUCAAAGUUGCUGGUGAACGCAGCAGGCCAGGCAGAAUCUCUAGGAAGAGGUACAGUCAGCGUUUCAGGCUGAGACCUGACGAAGGGUCUCGGCC